CAAUUAUCAAUCACUCGUAUUGUCAGAAAUUCUGCAUCAUGACGUGAAAUUUUAGUGAAAUAAGUGGUGUGAAAUCUUCUGUAAAGAAAGUGACGUAAGAUUGUUUUUGUUGAAGAUUCUCCCAUGAGAGUCUUAUUUUUUCGAGAAGAAGUGAAGAAGAGAACGAGGCACGCUGCAACCCACAUGCAAAGACAAGUGUAAAGACAAAUGCCCCCUUCGUCCAUCUCGCCCCACCCCAAGCUCUCCACCGAUCCAUGAACCCCUAGAAACCAUCCAAGAAUUCCCCGAACCUGGUUCCAGUAGACACGACUCCUUCUGGAAGGAAUGGUCGGAACAGGAGAAGCUCCACUCUACCAAAAAUGAUGUCAUCACCUCUUCGGGCAGUAUGAUAGUGGUCUCCAACCGACUGCCUUUCGUUUUGAAGAGACUGGAAAAUGGCAGGUUGACGAGAAAAGCAAGUGCUGGGGGUUUGGUAACAGCAGUAGCACCGGUGGUGAUAAACGGAAAUGGAUUGUGGGUCGGAUGGCCAGGUAUCCAUCUGGAGGACCCUAACGAACCGAUACCUGAGUCUGAACCAGGAGACAUUACACCUACAGCUGGACUUAAAUCGGACAAGGUGGUGGCAGUACACGUGGACCCUGAGAUGUUCGACUCCUACUACAACGGCGCAUGUAAUGGAACCUUCUGGCCUCUGUUCCACUCGAUGCCAGACCGCGCCACUUUCAAACUGGAGGAAUGGAAAGAUUACGUCUCAGUGAACCAACUGUUCGCAAACUGUACCAUAAAAGCACUGAAAUCUUUGAAGAGGGGAAAAGACACACCGCAGCACGAAGUUCCUCUAAUAUGGGUCCAUGAUUAUCAGUUGAUGUUGGCAGCUAGCUGGAUAAGACAGGCCGCAGAGGAAGCAGAGAUCCCCUGCAAACUGGGAUUCUUCCUCCACAUCCCCUUCCCACCGUGGGACAUCUUCCGGCUCCUCCCAUGGGGAGACGAGAUCCUGCAGGGAAUGCUCAACUGUGACAUGGUCGGCUUCCACAUAACCGAUUACUGCCUGAACUUUGUGGACUGUUGUCAAAGAUAUCUUGGGUGUCGUGUCGACCGAAAAAACCUACUUGUCGAGCAGGGUGGAAGGUCCGUCAGGGUACGACCCCUUCCAAUCGGAAUACCCUUCGAGAGGUUCGUGGAGCUGGCGGAAAAGGCGCCUAAAGUGUUCUCCGGCGAGCAGAAGAUCAUACUGGGGGUGGACAGGCUCGACUACACCAAGGGACUGGUUCACAGGCUCCUGUCUUUCGAAAUGUUGCUGGAGAAGCAUCCGGAGCACAGGGGACAGGUGUCGAUGCUCCAGGUGGCCGUGCCCUCGAGAACGGACGUGAAGGAGUAUCAGGAGUUGAAGGAGAACCUCGAGCAGCUGAUCGGUAGGAUCAACGGAAAAUUCACCACGCCAAACUGGGCUCCCAUAAGGUACAUCUACGGUCAGGUCAGUCAAGAUGAUUUGGCUGGUUACUACAGGGAUGCCUUCGUCGGUUUGGUGACUCCUCUGAGGGAUGGAAUGAAUUUGGUCGCGAAAGAAUUCGUCGCUUGCCAGAUCAAUUCCCCCCCUGGAGUCCUCAUAGUCUCCCCCUUUGCUGGCGCUGGAGAAACCAUGCACGAAGCCCUUGUAUGCAACCCUUACGAGAUAGCCGGAGCGGCUGAAGUUCUGCACAGAGCCCUUACCAUGCCCGAGGAUGAGAGGAUUCUCCGAAUGAACUACCUCAGGAGAAGAGAGAAGGUGAACGAUGUGAACUUUUGGACGAAGUCUUUCUUGUCUGCCAUGGGUUCCCUGUUCACUCCUGAAGACCGGGACGAUGUUGGUUCCAUAAUGAUGCCGGCUGUGACUCUGGACGAUUUCGAUGAAUAUCUUGCGAAGUAUAUUGGAGACUCUCACAAGCUGGCACUCUUACUCGAUUAUGACGGUACACUAGCGCCAAUAGCACCUCAUCCAGAUCUUGCAGUGAUGCCAACUGAGACCAGAAAUGUCCUGCAGAGGUUGUCGAAUAUACCGGACGUCUAUAUUGCUAUUGUUUCUGGCCGCAAUGUAAACAACGUGAAGGAAAUGGUCGGAAUCGAAGGCAUAACCUACGCCGGAAACCACGGGCUGGAGAUCCUCCAUUCGGACGGUACGAAAUUCGUGCAUCCCAUGCCUCCCGAAUGUCACGAGAAGGUGGCUUCCCUGCUCGCCAAGCUGCAGGAGCAGGUGUGCAGGGACGGCGCCUGGGUUGAGAACAAGGGCGCCCUGCUCACCUUCCACUUCAGGGAGGUACCGGUCCAUCUCAGGGACGACCUGGAGCGGCAGGCCCGCAAACUGGUCGAGGAGGCUGGUUUCAAGGUCGGGAACGCGCACUGCGCUAUUGAGGCCAAGCCACAGGUGGAGUGGAAUAAGGGUAGAGCCUCCAUCUAUAUACUGAGAACGGCUUUUGGUGUGGAUUGGAGCGAGCGCAUCAGGAUAAUUUAUGUCGGUGACGACGUGACCGAUGAGGACGCCAUGAUGGCGUUGAAAGGGAUGGCCGCAACGUUCAGAGUCACAAAUUCAAACAUCAUAAAGACAUCUGCGGAACGUCGUUUGCCAUCUACAGACUCAGUACUAACCAUGUUGAAAUGGAUAGAACGUCAUUUCGCCAAAAGGACGCCUAACAUAAUCGAUCCGACAACGUACAGGAGAGGAUCCUUAGCCAAAGCGAUGACCAAAAACGUGCACAUGGAAUGUGAAAUAUCAGCCCUUGCUCAAGCCCUGACCAACAAGAACGCGAAUGAAAACAACCACGAAGACUGAGUCGCAAUCAGAAACGACAUCUAUCGGAUUGGUCCGAUGAACAGUGAUACCCACACGGAUUGUGUGGAAAAAAAAAACGAAAUAUACUAGAAAUAGACAUUAACCAAAGGAAAUUCUUCUUGAUAGGCUGUUUUGGUAGGUUUUUCCAUCAAGGUGAAUCCAAAUUUCUCCUCCAUUAUCUUUUUCAAAUUGGCAAUGUCAAUUUCUCAUAUCGAAUGUGGUAGCUCAAUUCUCCGAUACGUUUUUGAUCAAAAUUUUUUAACUGGAAUGCACAGUAACCCGUUAUCAACUCGAGAAUUCUUGCUCGAAUGUAUCAUUCAGACUGAUAAUUUUGCUAGAGGAUUAUCCCUUAAGAUAUUAUCCAGGAUUUGUAGAUAUAUUUAGUGAUUAUUAUUUAUUUUUAUAAUAACGUUUUCUCACUCUCAGUCCUUUCAGUGAGUGAUCGCAUGUAUGCAGCCAUAAAUAUAAAUUCAUUUUCGAAAUUUUUUUGUGUAUACGUCAAAUAAAAAUAAAAUAAAUAAA